UGAUUUGCUUCCGCCACCACAUUCUCAACGCUGUCUUGAGUGUGCAUGAUGGAUAUGUGGAAACGGUCUCCCUCUCCACAGGAAAGUUGGAGCGAUGCGGAAGGUGGGAAUGAGAAUGGAGAGUGGCCAAUCAAGGGAAUCGUAGGUGAAGAGGUUGAUCCUGAUGGUACUUUAAAAUAUGAAGUAGAUGGGGGAACUGGUCGCGAAAGGAUGGCACAAACACGACUUGGCAAUCCGAUAUACCAGAUCGCAUUGAUUUGGUCAACCGCUGGAAAAGGAACUCAGCGUCGCAAGCGCAAUGCGCUCGCCCAGGACAGUCUAGACAUGGAAGUAGCCUGGCCAGACGACGCAGUACAUAAGCGUUUCACUUCCCUACGCGCGCAGGCAUACGAGGAGAAGAAGAAGCGCGAACGGCCUGGCGAUCUCUCAGCAGCAGAUUGGGACAAAGAAAUAGAAGCUUGCCUGCAGAAACACGGAUGAGCCCGAUGCUAAAGACGGUAAUGCGGCGUCCCGCCUACGUGUUCGUCGAGGUACCCCACGUUCUAGCACAUCGUCUGAUGUACCACGUUCGUCCUCGGUCAAACGCACCCGUGGACUAACUCCUUUGGGUACCCGAUCUUCAUCUAAAAGAAGAAUUUCACCUUCCAUAGGGGAUGACGCAUUUCGCUCUUUGACGUUCGAUUUCAAGUUGUCUACAAGCUCAGUAGAGUCUCCCAGGGGCAGUAGGUAUAUCCAAAGAUGUCGCAGAAGGUUCCAAGAAUAUAGCCAUAGGUCACUCUGUCAAACAGCCUGCUCAGGCCAGCACGUCA